UUAUAUUCACAUUUAUUUAUUAAUUACAGUAAGAUCACUGUGUGGUCAGAACACUUGACAAAAGUCAAGCCAUAAUCUGCACUCAUCUGUCCAGUCUUUUUCCCAACAUUUCAGAAGUAGUUUAUAGAUCUCUUACUAUUACUGAUCAUUUACAAUGUAAGAAAGCAUUGACAUUAAUUGUAAACUCAAUUCAGAAUAAAUAUGUUGUAUUACUAUAUGAACUUCAAGGAUGGUUGAUUCUGAUCUUCUGAACAGCCAUUGUACCAGUGUGAGUGCUAAUUAUCAAUUAUUUUGUCAUUAUUAUUUUUGCUCUCUCUCAGACUCUCUUCUUUGGAAUCAGUAGUGUAUCAUUUAUAUUCGCAGUCCUUGAGUUUAUCAUCUCCAUCUGUCUGUCAGCAUUUGCCUGUAAAGUCACCUGCUGCUAUUCUCCACAGAUGAGACAGGAGAGAGAGAUAAUCAGGCAGAGAGAGAGUCAAGACAAGAGGAGAGGGAAAUAACAGGUGCAACACAGUCAGAUGGUCCGACUCCGAGUGCAUGUUCCUCCGUCUGUGAUCCAGCUAUGUACAAAGGCAAAAGUAACUACUCAGAUGAGGAAAAAAAAAGCAUUCUUCAAUGUAGAUGGACUAGGGACCACCAGUAUAAAUAUCCUCAAAGUCAGUUUGGGACAAGGCUUCUGAGAUACAAUGGAGACUGGGAAAAAAAAUACUCUUGGCUUCGGUACUCCCCAUCUGAGAAUGCUGCAUAUUGCUGUGUGUGCAUAUUGUUCAAUAAACAGAAGGGGACAAACAUGACAUUCCAAACAGAAGGAUUCAGGGACUGGAAAAAUGCUGUCGGUGAAAAACGGGGAAUAAUCUCGAACCACGAAAAGACACCAGGACAUAUGACAGCUUCGACUCUAGCAGAAAAUUUCCUCUCUGUAACAAAAGGACAAAUGGAAAACAUACAGUCAGUGAUCAGCAAGACAUAUUCUGACAAAGUUGAGAAAAAUCGUAAGACUUUGUUGUCAAUACUCGAUGUUGUUAUCAAUCUUGGGCAAAGAAAUGUUGCAUUCCGUGGCAACUGGAAAGGUGACAGUGAAGAUGGCAAUUUCAUUCACUUCAUUCAAUGGAAAUCUCAUUUUGAUGAUGUACUGAGCCAACACCUGGAGACUGCACCUGGCAAUGCAAAGUACUUGUCACCAAUUAUUCAGAAUGAGAUGAUUUCCUGUUGUGGUGAUGAAAUCAGAGAUUUUAUUGUUCGAAGAAUUCAGAAAUCAAAGUACUUCUCUGUAUUGGCUGAUGAGACAGCUGAUAUUAGUGGCACAGAGCAGUUGUCAAUCUGCAUUCGUUAUGUAUCUGAAUCUGAUAAUUUUGAGAUACACGAGGAUUUUCUUGGAUUCUGUCCACUUCUUAAGCAGGAUUCUGAAUCCAUCACAAAAGCCAUCAUUGAACAGUUAUCCAAAUGGGGGCUUCAUGUCUCUUUACUGCGUGGCCAAGGGUAUGAUGGUGCCAGCAACAUGAGUGGAAGGCUGAGUGGAGUUCAGAAGAGAAUCCAAGAGGUUCAACCACGAGCCCUUUAUACUCAUUGCCGUAGUCAUGCCUUGAAUCUUGUUGUGGUCCAUGGAUGUACAGAUGUCCCAAUAGUGAGGAACACUAUGACCUUAAUUGAGAAGGUGGCUGUGUUUUUCUCAGCAGGCACCAGGAAACACAAGCUGCAAGACAUUUUGCAAGAACAGGGAAGUGAUGAUGGACCCAGAGGAAUCCCACUGAUGUCUGAUACUAGAUGGGGGUCCAGGAUAAAAACAGUGAGUGCCUUUAUAUCCAAGCUUGAGCCAACUCACAGUGCACUGCAAGAAAUUGAAAGUGACUGCACCCAUAACUCUGAAAAAGCCAGCAGGUUGCGCAACUCAAUUGAAUCCUUUGACACGAUCAUCACAUCAGUUGUAACCCAAAAUGUUCUGGGAUAUAUAUGGCCACUGACCCUUAAACUGCAGUCACCAAAUGUAGACCUUUCAAGUGCCUACAAAGAAGGAAGACAAGUGGCAGAAGUCAUUGAGAGCCUUCGCAAUGAUGAGGAAAGAUUCUGCAAAAUAUAUCAACAAGCAGUGCAGCUGGCAAACGCCAUUGAUGUUACACCUGUGAAGAAAAGAAUAGUGGUGAAACAGCAACACAGGGGCAAUGUACCUGCCCAAUCAAUUGCAGAGCAUUACAGGUUGAAUUUAUUCAUUCCCUUCAUCGAUCAUGUUACAAACGAAUUGAGAACCCGGCUUGCAGAGUCCACUGAACCAGCCCUGCUUGCAGCCUACUUAGUGCCCGAGGCUUUGCCACAGCUCAGUGAGGAAAGAGAGAACCGUCUGUUGGCAUGGUAUAAAGAGGACUUGCCUUAUCCUGACACUGCAGAGCAGGAAAUACACAGAUGGAAGCAUCAAUUCCAGAAUCACACUGGGCCUCUCCCUGCUACUGCAAUGGAAACAUUGCAGAAUGGAAUUUUGGAGUUUUACCCAAAUGUUAAGUGCAUGCUUUUGCUUUUCUUGACAUUGCCAGUCACCACUUGCUCAUGUGAAAGGUCUUUUUCUGCAUUACGUCGACUCAAAACAUGGCUUCGCUCUACCAUGGGUGAUGAGAGGCUAUCUAGUCUAGCUCUCAUGCAUGUCCACCAGAACACUGAAAUUGACCCCCAUCGAGUGCUCCAGAGAUGGGAUGCUUCUGGCCACAGGAGAAUUGUUACUUGCUUUGACAAGAGUUAAUGAUGUGAACACUGGAUGGAUGGAUUGAUCUCCACCACAAGACAAGAGGCCAGAUUAUUCUCUCUCUUAUUCUCACACACAUAGACACACAACUACAGACACAUGCAUAUACUGUACAAAUUUUACAAUCUCUCACACUUUGCCUUUAUUAAAACAUACCUUUCACAGAGGCAUACACACACAGAAUAGGUUGGUUGCAAGUCAUCAGUUCACACUCUCUCUAGGCCUACUGUAUGUCUCUCCACAUACACCCACAAAUGGCCUAAUACACACACACACACACUCACUCUCUUUCUAAAACACACAAACACACACAGACACAUUGAUAUAUGCCAAGCCAACACUUUAAGGGUUCAUAUUAAAAGAAUACAGCAGUUGUUGGCUUUCUAUUGCCAUGUGUUAUGUUAGUUACAAUGUAAAUAUGGCUGUAAAUAUUAGGUAGCUGAGUAACACAGUCAGUUAUGGUGCCAUUGUUACACAAGUUUAGAAUUGUGAAAAUAAAUGUGUCUUCCAAAUCUA